AUGACACCACCAAUCGACCCCCUCCGCGCACGCAUCUUCUCCGAACUAAACCUCCAACUAACGCACCCCUCGAUCCCCAAACCCCUCCUGAACGAAUGCUCAAAACACCUCGCUUUCCUCGUGCGGUACUACGCCAACGACCCUGACUGUAAUCCGUUGAGGGUUAGUGUGCCGAUUGUUGAGGUGCCUGUAGUCGUACCUCGUAUGGGUAUGGGAGAGGAUGAAGAGGAAGAUGAGGAGGAUGAAGAGGACGAGGACGAGGACGAGGAGGACCUAGAGAUAGAGAUAGGCCUGAAAAUCGCAUUAGUAGUUUUUGAGGAAAAAAGAAGGAAAAGCUCCGUACAGACAAGGAUGGAAGGACUGAGAAAACUGAAGAUGGAGAGAUUGUAUGGUGUGGGUAAGGUGUUGGGGGAGGAAGAGACAGAAGACGACUUGACACCAACGGUGAAGACGAAGAAUGGUAUUGAGACUGGUGACCCCGUUAGUAAGAUCGUCGGAUCUCGAUAUUGUCCUCCUGUGUCGGCGUCUGGUACUGGUACUUCUGUUUUGUCUACGGCUGCGAAGCCAAGGAUGCGUGUACUUAUCGAGACGACUGGUACGCUGGGACAUUACAAGUGCUUGGUUGCUAAGCUCUGUGGUAUGGCCGAGCGUGUCGUAGCCGGACUGUUGGACGGUGAUGAGGACAUGGUGCGUGCGUGCGAAGAGGUCAAGAGAAAUAAAGGCAAGAAGGCGGGUGCGGAUGUGGGGAAGAGACCGGUGUGGGAUGUUGAGGCAUGUGGGGAGUGGUGUUAG